AUGACUGACAUCUCUACUGGUAUCAAGGCGUACUUACCAGCCGAGAUCCGAAAGCAGUUACAAGUGAAGAGUCUGGUGACGUUUGCAUACACUCUUAUCGAGAAUCCACAAGAUAGUACGAAGCUGCUAGCUCACCAAGCUCAGGAUGUAUACCAGAAGUCUCGCCGGUACAUUGACUUCGCCAGCCGCUACAUCGUGAAGAGUCCAAUGCCUGUUUACCUCGAUGAACCAGACUUGGUACGUCCGCCCCAGAUCGACGUCCGGCUAUCUGAAUAUGUGCACCAAACCUUCACCAACGACGAAAACCCGCACGUGUACUUGCCUUUACUUAUUGAAGAGCCAUCCCAGGCAUCAGCAUGGAACAUAGGGUGCGAUAUCCGUAGACUGGUUUACAAGCUACGUGCGACAAUAGAGCAUACGGUAGUACAAGAGUACAGAAGAAAAGCGCAAGGGAUAUCAGUCCAGGAAGUUCCCAUAUACCCUCGGUGUUUUGACCAGAGCCCAGUCGAUGACCUGGAGUCGCAGAUGCGCAGCCUGAGAUCCUGGGGUGAGGAGAAGUCCGUCAGCUCACAGCUCCUAUGGUCGCUCUUUGGUCUCAGUCUAGUGCUUACCGAACUCAACACGCCGCCUCCCAUACCCUUGGUCCAGCGCGUACUGAAUUGCGAGUUCGAUAACAGUUGGGCUUUUGUGCACCUCACGGCUAGACUGCAUGCUGCUCUCUACUCUCUUCGCAUGUUACUCCAAAUGGUCAAAGUCGCGAGGGCAAUGAUGGAUCCUGACCAAACAAUAGACCCCAGGGACCCACAAGAAAACGAAAACUCCAGGCUGCGCAGGACAGUGCACAUCAUCGCCGGUCACAUGUCCGACUUCCCCUCGAUACCGGACGUGAUGGGUGUACCGGGGCAGGCAAAGCGCAUCCUAGCCGAACACGACGUGCUGAAGGAAUUGAUUGAAGAGAUCUAUACGUCUGCUGGUGUGGGAAUACCAAGCGAACAGAUAUCGAAUAAGCAGAGGAAGAAGCAAAUGAGGGAAGCAGAGAGGAAGAAGAAGAAGUUUGUCCAGAGGAUGCAGGCGAAGCCGCAGGAGGGAAAUGCUUACGCAUUACUGGGUGAUGGUUGA